CUUCUCCAAUAACACGUCGCAAUAGGGGUGGUAGUUCAUAGGCGGCGGUUCGUCAUAGCCUGCGGUUAGCGCUACCCCUCGGCGCUCGCGUCGCUAUGGUGAUGUUGCUGGCCGUCAACACAGGUGUCCACUGGUACACCGCCAGCGCACCCUGGUCCACUGUCAACACCUGGCUCAGUCUUCUCGACUGCAUAUCAGAUACCCCAUAUUCUUCCCCCAAAACACAUGCGAGCAUUCGCUUUCUCGCCCAUUUUGCUAGCUCUCUCAAUUCCCUGUCGCUGAAGCAGUAAACACAAGGCGCCAUGGGUGGUGCAGCGGCGACGGAGCCGCCUUCGGUCUCCCUAUCGUUCGCCAACAACUUCUGGGGCAAAGAUGACGCGGGCGUCGGUCCUAUGCUCGACCGCAUGCAUGCGGCCAAAGUCACCAACGACGAACUCAAGAACUUCUAUGCAGCCCGAGCCGCAAUCGAAGAAGAAUACUCGCGGAAACUCCUCAAUCUCUCCCGUAAGCCCCUAGGAUCCUGCGAAACGGGCACUCUACGACUGUCGUGCGAUGUCAUCCGAGCCGAGGUCGAGUCCAUGGGCAAGGCACAUCAGAGCAUAUCACAGCAGAUGAAGACGGAGCUGGAGGAGCCGCUAGCCGCUUUCGCCGGAGGAAUGAAGGAGCGGAGGAAGAUUGUUCAGAAUGGCAUCGAGAAGCUGCUCAAGCUGAAGAUGCAGCAGACAUCGACGGUCAACAAGGCACGCGACCGAUACGAGCAAGACUGUCUCAAGAUCAAGGGUUUCCUAGCGCAGGCACACAUGGUCAUGGGACAUGAAGAGCGAAAGAACAAGGCAAAGCUGGAGAAGACACAGAUCAACCUAGCGACCACGAGCAGUGAAUACGAGGCCGCAGUCAAGGUCCUCGAAGAGACCACGGGCAGGUGGAACCGGGACUGGAAAGCCGCCUGCGACAAGUUCCAGGACCUCGAAGAGGAGCGCAUCGACUACACGAAGAGCAGUCUCUGGAACUUUGCCAACAUUGCCUCCACAGUAUGCGUCAGUGACGAUGCCUCAUGCGAGAAGAUGCGCCUCUCACUCGAAGACUGUGACGUAGAAAAGGACAUCUUCGGCUUCAUCAAGGAGUCGGGCACAGGCCAGGAGAUUCCUGAUCCUCCCAAGUUCAUCAACUUCUGCAGGGGAGAUGCCGAAACCUCAUCGAUAGCCUCCGAGGAGGACGAGAACUACUCAGUCGCCCAGUUCGCUAGAACCCUAAAUCCAGCCUACCGCGCUUCCUCACCAGCGCCUUCCACAUUCUCUUCGCACAAUGAUCCGAACAAUCCGCUAGUACGAGAGCUGGGCCUUCCACAGUCGACACGCCCAAUAGCUCCCGACGACAUCAUGCUACCACAGCCCUCUCUCGACAACGCCCGACAGUCGCCCAGGCAGUCGAUAGAUAUGCCACGGCAAUCUGUAGAAUCAUUCCGACAGUCUAAAGAUUCGUUCAGACAGUCUGUAGAUUCGUUCAGACAGCCGAUUGAACCUCCGCCACCACUGAUGGACGAACCGCAGCAGCGUAUGGAUUCUCCCCGGCAGCGUCAUGAAUCUCCUCGACCGCGCAUGGAGUCUCGCCGUCAAUCCGUAGAAUCUACCCGACAGCGUGCUCAGUCCCGACCGCGUGCUGAUUCCCGACAUGCUGAAUCUAUACAUCAAGUGGAUCCGCGAUACCAGCAAGUCGAGCCACUGAGACAACGUGCAGAGCAGCCAAGACAGCAGGUGCAGCCGUUGAGGCAACAUACAGAUCCCCCAAGACAGCAAGAGCGCAUUGAGCCUCUGAGACAGCACACCGAACCACUAAGACAACAACACCAUAUCGAACCUCUGCGACAGCACGUGGAGCCACCAAGACAGCCAGAGCCACAACAAGCACCUCCAUCACCGCAAAUCACACGCGCAGUGCAGCCAGAUCCCCGGUUGGUUCAAGCACAGCAACAAGCUCGCCAACAGUAUCAACAAAACCAGGUCCCACACAACGACUAUCCUGCUGAUGGGAUGACACAAUUCUGCCGUAUUGAUGCACCAUCUGAUCGCAGCUCAAUCCCAAGCCCCGUUCGACCUGCUAGCAGGGAGGAUUCGCAAAGUGAAUAUUCAAACCCUACGUCGUUCUCUAGCAUUGAGGCACCAAGUGGUUCCGCUUCCCCUGGUAAGCCAAUGGCACAGUCUCCGGUCCGUGAAACUAGCCCGCCUGGGCCUGAAGAGCAAUCGUUUGCAAAGAAGAGAGGCUUUUUCAACAGCAGUCCAUUCGCGCGGAGAAAGAGCAAACACGACGUCGAGACUCCGGCAGCUCUUAUGCCUGCCAAUCGCAAUCGCAACACAUGGGCACCGUCCCCGCGCAAAACCACGGAGGAGAAUACCAGCCCCACCAAGAGCUUUGCCAGUAGAGCACCUGUUACUCGGGCUAUUCAAAGUCGUGCGCCCUCGCCCAGUCCAGAACCAGCUGAUCCUCGAGCCACCUUCCAGCUCAACGUCGGUAACAAUGUUUUCGACGUAGCCACGCCAGACAAGAAGAAGCAACAAGAGCAGGAACCAGAGCCAGGGGAGGAGCUUGACCCGAUUGCGCAGGCCCUGGAGGAAUUGAGGGGUGUCACUAAACAGACGUCUGUUCGUCAGACAGAUGAUCGCAAACAGGCCGGUUCCCGCCAGACAGCAGAUCGUUACAUGGGUCUUGCAACGCCUGCUCCUCCGGGCACGCCUGGUAUCAGCUCGAGGCUGGCAGGCGGCAAGCCAACUCCCCUUUCUAACGUAGCAGACCUGAAUGCUGCAAAGCGAGGCACACCUCCUCCACAAUACGAUCAGCCACCACGAGAGCAACCACGAGAGCAACCACGAGAGCAACCACGAGAGCAGCCACGGGAGCAACCACGGGAGCAACCACGGGAGCAACCGCGACAGCAACCGCAACAACCACCACAGCAACCACCAGAGCAGCCAGCUAUGUCGCGCUUGGGAGCUCCUAAGCCAGCACAUACUUCGCGUGCAAUGCAAAAGACCACCCAGAUGUAUGUCAACCAGAAAGUGAACAUGUUCAACACUGGUCAGGCGUCUCGAUCCUCUAGCCGCAGUCCCACAAAGCAAGAACCACCACGGACUGCCUCUCCCGCACAACCUCCACGUGCUAUCAGCCCCCGGCCCACAAUCAAUACCACACAACAGGCGCCUCAAAACUCAUACCGUUCACAGCCCAAUUCGCCUUCUACAUACCAGCCUGCGCAACGACAGCAACCACCAGCUGCGCAACCAGCACCAAGGGCGCAACCACAAGCAACACAACCUGCACCACGCCAACAGCCUGUAGCUCAACCAGCACCACGAGCACAACAGCAGCCCCAGCAACCGCCGCAACAACAAGCCCCACGACCAGCAUCGAGGCUCCAGCAGCAGCAGCAACAGCAAAGGGCACAACAGCAAGCCUCUCCCGCAACUUCAUUCAGCCGCACCGCAUCACCCAAUCCAUAUGCCGCAUCGAGUGCCGGCAGCAGGCCCAGAGCGCAAACAACUACCGCCGCCGCUCAAGCUUACGGCGCACCGGUAGGACGUAACUCGUUCCAACAACCAGCCCGCGGCGCACCAUCCCCAGCACCGCGAACUGCAUCACCUCUUCCCCCACAGCAGCCCCCUCAACCAGCCUACGCACAAUCACAAUCCCGACCCCAGUCUCGCGCGGCACCUGGUCCGGCUUCCAGAGCUGCAAGUCCGAACCCGGCUUUCCGCAACUCUGCUGCUUCAGAUCGUCCACCCAGUUCUCACAGUGGCGCUGGCAUGGACCUCGCUCUGUCGACUGCGGGUAGCGUACGCGGCGAUGGUAGUGUCUACGGCGGCAGUCAAUACGGAGGCAGUGUGCGUGGUCGUCCUGGAACUGCUACCUCGGCGCGCCCUACGACCUCUGGAUCUUCAGUGAGGCCCGGUACUGCUAGUACAGCGCGACCGCAAUCUUCCUACAUGGGCGGUGGAAGUGAGUUUGGAUUUGGGGCCAGUGGUGGGAGUGCGGGGAGUGUGAUUGGAAGUGUGAGAGCUGAGAGCAGGGCGCGCAGUAAGAGUUUGGCUGAGCCGAAGAAUUACAACAGUCAGGGGAGAUUGAUUUUGAAUUACUCACGCGCGAUGUAUUCCUAUGCGGCACAGAUCCCAGAGGAACUAGGUUUCCAAAAGGGAGACAUUCUUGCUGUGCUUAGGUUGCAGGAUGAUGGGUGGUGGGAGGCUGAACCUGUGGGUAACACUGGUCGGCCUGGUCUUGUGCCUUCGAACUACCUCCAGCCAUGCUGAACGUUGGGACUUUGUGAAUGAGCUGGAUGGAAGGACGAAUGGAUGGAAACUUUUGACGGUUUCGACCGAUGCUUUUUUACGAUUCAGCGAUGCGUUUGCACAUA